AAUGUAACUAUUAUUUUAUAUUUUUCCAAAAUAGUAGAUCAUAAAAAGAAAAAAGAGAAUAUAGAAGUAAAGGAGGGAGACAAGGUUGUUUUGUGUUUGUUUGGUUUGUGAUGUGUGACGAGGAAACAUUCGUAAAAGCAAAGGUAAGAGGUUUCUUUUUCUUAGUUGAAGUUAGUUGGUUAAUAAGUGUGGUGGGUGUGAGUGGGACGUUCCAUCUUUUUCAGAAUCGCACUCAACCCAACCUCUUCUCUUCUCUUCACUUGUGCUCCAUUCGUUAAUUAGCACACUUCAACUCCUUCCUUCCCCUAAGAACCUAACCUUCUAGCAUCUCAAUGAUGACACAAGAAUCAUCAGAGGUGUUGGAAAAACAUGCAAACUCAGGCUCUCAUGUGAGGGGAAGUAGUGAAUAUGUUAGACUGGUCCUAUCCGAUGAUCCAAGGGCUAUUGAAACUGAAAUAAUCUUGCAGCCUCGAGCGGAAUCAAGAAUUAAAUCUUUCUGGUGGUGGAUGAAAUCCUUUGUUGGGUGCUUUGUCAUUCUUAUACUUGCUUUUGUUCUUAUGAAAUGGGGAGUGCCACUUUUUUUUGAAAAGGUUCUUUACCCAACCAUGGAGUGGGAAGCUGCUGCCUUUGGGCGUCCAGUUCUUGCCCUAGUACUUGUUGCUUCUCUGGCUUUAUUCCCAGUAUUCUUAAUCCCUUCUGGCCCCUCCAUGUGGUUGGCAGGGAUGAUUUUUGGUUAUGGCCUUGGCUUCUUUAUCAUAAUGGUUGGAACAACCAUUGGGAUGGUCCUCCCAUACCUGAUUGGACUACUGUUCCGUGACCGCAUUCAUCCAUGGUUAAAGAGAUGGCCCCAGAAUGCGGCAUUGAUUAGGCUUGUAGGGGAAGGGAACUGGUUCCACCAAUUUCAAGUGGUUGCAGUGUUUAGGGUUUCUCCUUUUCCCUAUACUAUAUUCAAUUAUGCUGUGGUAGUGACAAAUAUGAAGUUUUGGCCAUACUUAUGUGGAUCCAUUGCUGGAAUGGUACCAGAAGCUUUCAUCUACAUCUACAGUGGUCGGUUAAUAAAGACAUUGGCAGACGCACAGUACGGGAAGCAUCACUUGACUACCGUGGAAAUCGUAUAUAACAUUAUUUCUUUCAUUAUUGCAAUUGUUACCACUGUUGCCUUCACUGUUUAUGCAAAAAGGACUCUAAAUGAACUCAAAAUGGUAGAGUUGAACGAGGAAGUUAGGUCUGCUUCUGAGAAGGGUUGCUUUGAGAUGGAGAAGCUUCCCCUUGAAAGGCCUAAGCAGCUAAGUUUGUCAAAAUUUUUGUGAGUGUACAUUCACAUGUUGCUUUAGGAUUACAUUUAUAAUACGUUUUCCUCAUACACCCUAUGAUGAUUUCUGUAACUAGGAUGUGGAUAGAAGAAAAGCAAAAGGUCGAACACAGUUAUACACCAUUUUUCUGACUUCUAUUUACUCUAAAAACUUUUUUCGAGGGGAAUAAUUUGAUUGGCCAGCUGAUUUUUUCCCCUUCGUAUGCUUCUAUAAUGCUUCAUAAUUUAAGAAAAAUGUUAACAUUUAGUUUUAAAAUUAAGUUUAGGCAAUUAAUAAUAAUGUGAUUUUAUUAAAAAAGUAUUUAUUAUAGUUUUAUAUAUUUAAUAAAAUUUUUAAAUGUUUUAACUUUUGCAGCGAAGUCUUUAGUGAUAAUCAAACUCAGUUUUCUUCUGUUUUUUAUUUUGGCCCGAAAGCGUUGGCACCUGAAGAAGUCAUAUUUAUUCUGCUAACUUGGAUACAAGCGUCUCGUUGAUCAGAAGUGGAGUUUGACUCUGCAGUUACAUUUACACCACCAUCCAUUUCCAUCAAGUCCAACAUUUCAAAAUCUAGAGUAGCUUCACUCCUCAAGUGGCGUUACAUUUGAUACGGUGUACAAAGAAAACAAAUCUUCGUCUCCUUUUUAGUGUUCAUAGCACAUUCAUAAAAGAGCUAAUGACGUGUCUAGCUGCUAGCCAUGCUAGUGCAUGAAUAGAACUACUGGCACAUCAUUCAGAACAACUUAUGACCAUUUUACAAAUAGAUUAAAAGAAGUCUCAAGCU